GCACCGGAAGUUAGGAGGCGAAGCUCAGGCUGUUUGGGACAAAUGGCCGAACAACACAAACAAGUCACUGCACUUUAAAAUUUCAACAAUGUAAACAGAGUUUACAGUCUGCACUGCGCUGCAAGAGAGUAAGACCAUGCUUUAAGUGGUGAAACAUGGUGUUAUUGGAGUUCAGGACACUUUUGUACGCGCAGGACAUGGCGCGACUGUCUGCCAAGAAACUUUUCGCGGUUUGCUUUUGCGCUUCAGCUUUUGUUUUUCUCAUCAUUACACUUCAGGUGGUGGAGGAGCUGGGCCAGUUUGAGCAGACGACGCACACACGCCCCCUAAAGGACAGAGAGGAGUUAACACAGAUCCAGGCUUUCCCUGCGAGCGCUGUGCUCAAUGAUGAUGGUGCGUCUCCAGGCUCAGAGAGCAGUUACCCCAUUAUUGUAUGGUGGUCUCCACUGACCGGAGAGCUGGGACGGCUUGGGGAAUGUGGCCAUAACAGAUGCUUUUUCACCAUUAACAAGUCCUACUAUUCUCAUUCUUCUACACAGGCCUUCCUGUUUUAUGGUACGGACUUCAGCAUAGAAAGUCUCCCUUUACCAAGGAAGCCUCAGCACCACUGGGCUCUUUUCCACGAGGAAUCGCCUAAGAACAACUACAAGCUCUUCCACAAGCCUGUCAUCACCCUGUUCAACCACACAGCCACCUUUAGCCACCAUUCCCACCUCCCACUCACUACACAACACCUGGAGAGCCUCCAUACGCUCACUUCCCAUACGUUCCUGCUCCCUCUGGCACAGAAGAACCAGCUGAGACGCACUCUGGCUCCUGUGGUGUAUGUCCAGUCGGACUGUGACCCACCAUCAGAUCGCGAUGUCUAUGUGCAGGAGCUUAUGAAGUACAUUCCAGUGGACUCCUAUGGCCAGUGCCUGCAUAACAAGGAUCUUCCCAUCCACUUGAGUGACUCCACUGCCAUGGAUGAGGAGAGCUUCUUUCAGAUCCUAGCCCAGUAUAAGUUCAUUCUAGCGUUCGAAAAUGCCAUCUGUGAUGACUACAUCACAGAGAAACUGUGGCGGCCACUCAAGCUCGGUGUGGUCCCUGUGUACUACGGGGCCCCUAAUGUUCACAUGUGGCUUCCGAGUAACAGAAGUGCAAUUGUGGUGGACCCAAAGCAGUCUCCAGAGAAACUGGCCCAGUAUAUACAGAGCCUGGACAAAAACGACCAGGAGUAUUUAACAUACCUGGACUGGAAGCUGAAACGUGAGGUCUCAAAUCAGAGACUUUUUAAAGAACUGAAGGAGCGUCAGUGGGGUGUGCAGGACAUGACUCGGGAUAACUUUAUUGAUGUCUUUGAGUGCAUGAUAUGUAACAGGGUGUGGGAGAACAACAACAGACUACAUGAGGGAUUGGUCCCCAGAGUGUGGCAGGCUGAAGAACAUCAUCUCACAUGUCCACCUCCAAAGCUGUUCCACUUUGCUGUAGAUCAUUUUAACAGCUCUUCUCUGCGCUACAUCUGGAGGGCCAGUUAUGAGCAGUCAGUGAGAGAAGCCCGAGCUCUGAGCCGGCUGACACUGAGGAACAGGAACUUCACAGCUACACAGUUCUGGAGGGAGGUGUUUAGUGACUGAGCUCUACUUUACAUGAAGAGUGAUCAUGUAAUGCUUCAAAGGGCAGUAAAUGUGGGUUUUUUUUUUUAAAUAACUGAAAUAUUCUUAGAGAGAGGGACAGAGAGACAGAUGUCUAUUACUACAGAUCUACAUCUUUUUCUGAUUGGAUGAUCAGAAUUACAUUAAUAUGCAGGUAGGGUUAUAGGCUGUUAUCUUCUAAUCCCUGUUCAGGCAAGAUGUGAACUUAUAAAGGCUGAUACAGUUUUAAUAUGAAAAACUAUAUUGCACAUCUCUAAUUUGUUCUACCAAGAUAACAUAGAUGCAACAAUUAGAGAACCCAUCAGUAGCUCUAUGACCGUUCUUGGAUUUGAACACAUGUCCUUCCUGUUACCUCUACUUGCAGCUCCUUUUUCAAAGACGCCUGACUGAGUUUUAUUAACAAAACUUUGCAUUUCAAACAGGCUGAAACAGCCAUAAUCACUAUAUAUACACAGUAUGCAUGUGCUUCUAAAUAUACCAUUUUUACAUGAACUUGUGUUUCUAAAGUAAACUGAGAUGUAUACAAGAGUCAAGGGCUUAAGUUGUUAUAGUCUUGCUUAAGGCAGUCUUCGACCUACCUGCAGAUUUUAUGUUCUUAUCAGAAACAAUGAGCAGUGCUCGCUCAAAUUUAGCAUUGGGUGAAAUGCCACCUGAGGUGAAACCGAUAGAAAUCAAUACCAUUAGUGUGCUGCAGAAAGCUCACGUCUCCACAAAUAGAGCUUUGCCCAGAGUCUAUACUUGGCGUGCUAUAUUUGUGUCUUAGUUUUAUCAGCUCUAGUCAUUUUUGUCUUCAAGGGUGGUCAUUUAGCCCUGUACUACUCAAUAAACUCUCAUACCUAUGCAUUUUUAGAUAUACUUUGUGCCAAAGGGUGAACAAUUAAGUAUAGUGCCUUUUUGACCCUCCAAAAAGGCUGCCCAUAAUGUACAUCCCUGUCCUAAACAUCAUGUUUAUAUGAUAUAGACUUGAACUGAACCUCCACCAUGUUAGUAUUAAAUACUCACCACAUACUUAAAAAAAACAAAACAA